UGUGCACAGGAAUGUCGUUUUUGAGGGUGGAGUAAAUGUUAGAUUAACACUCUCACCAUGCAGGUACCUGAGCCAAGUCAUGAGGCUGAACUUCACCAGAGAGUCCCACCUGCGCCGCUACAACCGCCUGCUCAGCUACAACCUGCUGCAGGAGAUGGAUCUGCUCAAGUCUCUGCUGGAGUCCACACACUCUCCUGUCGUGUUCUGCCACAACGACUGUCAAGAAGGAAACGUCCUGCUGCUAAAUGGCCGCCAGAGCUCAGACAAACAGAAGCUAAUGCUUAUUGAUUUUGAGUACAGCAGCUACAACUACAGGGGAUUUGAUAUUGGCAAUCAUUUCUGUGAAUGGAUGUACGACUACAACUGUGAGGAGUUUCCUUUCUUCAAAGUCAAUGCUCAGGCCUACCCUUCAAAGGCCCAGCAGCUGAUCUUCAUUGAAAGCUACCUGUGUGAGUCUGACCAAGGUUUUGACAACCUGAGUGAAGAGGACCAAAUGAGGCUGAUGGAGGAUCUGUAUGUGGAGGUCAACAGGUUCUCCCUGGCGUCCCACUUUUUCUGGGGUUUGUGGUCCAUCAUCCAGGCCCGGCUAUCCACCAUCAAGUUUGGAUACCUGGAUUAUGCCCUGGCCAGAUUUGAUGCCUACUUCCAGCAGAAGAAGAUAUGGGCUAACGGAGCAAAAUAAAUUGAUGGAUUGACAUCCCAUUCAGCCAAACAGCAGAUGGAGCACAUGCAGGCUGAAGGAGGCUUCACCAUCCGCGCUUCACUUAUAUUCCAUGCCUCGACAGAGUUGCUGGCUGGCUGACUGGCCGCUGUUGGUGUUGUAUUGACCAAAGCCAAAACUUGAUCACGUGGCUAAGUGCUUAAGGUACGCCCUAAAAUCUAUUGCAGCUCAAAGUUUACACUGUGUAACUCCCUGAGAGCCAAAAAAAAACACUGACUACUUACCUUCAUCCCUUGUCAGAACUGCUGUCUGCUUCUGCCUUUUUUCAAACCAUUUUACUAACACAAGGGUUUUGAGCAGGAGAGAGGUGAGAACAGCUAGAUUUGAAAUAUUAACAUUGCAUCAAUGUAAAUGUAUUGAUCAUUCCCUUAUGGAAAUGUUCUGCUGGGAAUAACCAAAACGUGAACUUUGCUUGGUAGAUUCCUGCUUACUAUUGCCGCCAGUUGCCAACUAUGUAUAUUAUAUAUAUAGACCCCCAAUGUGCCAGUAAUCUGGCCUUGUCUGUUACUGAUGGUGAAAUCAUGACUUGAUUUACAGGUCAGGUAGAAUCUACACUUAUAGGUAUUACACUUGCUGUUUAUUUUAUUUUAUUUGUUUAAAUGGUUGCAUAAUAAAUGUUAUUCAGGCCAGGGCAAAUAUCGGAAUAGUGUACAUUUUCAAGUAUGUGAAUAUUUGAGUUCCCUCUUCUGGGUAGCUUCUUAACUCCACCAAAUCAAAAAAUUCAAAAACAUGAAUUUCAGGUAUUUCCAAUAAAUUAGAUCUGUUUAUCUUUGGAUUCCUAAAGAGUUCAAAUGUAUGGUAUUUUUAUAAAUCACUGUGAAGUAGAUUCAUAUCUUCAUGUAGUUUACACAUUAACAUUUGCAUUGUCUGCUUUGGCGAAGACAUUCCAGCCAUGCUUUAUAAGCUUUGGAAAGUGUUGCUUAACACUAGGGAGCUAACUGACCAUAUAUUUGUUUUUUUACUUUUAUAUAUUAUCCAUGAUUUGAAGAAAACAUCACACAGUUCACAUAUGAAUGGUAUCUUUUGUGUUAAUUGAUUCUUUAGGGAUGUCAUGGGUCAUUGUACCCAGACGUACCCAUCCAGAAUAAUGACACAAACGCUGACCAGCUUGAUUCUACCUCACCGCACCGAGUCAUUAUUUGUGCUCCAACUAUGCUAUUGUUCACAGAUUGACAGAUUCAUCAAAUGAUACUAACAGCCUUCUUUUGGCAUUCAACCACACAUACAUGUCUUGAAUUUCAGUUUCUGGACACCAUCUAAUUUUUGUGAUAAUUUAUUUUGUCCUGAUCAGUAUUCCUCUUUCCACCCAAAUUAGGGUCAUUAAAAGCGAGCCUGUUUGCUCACCAUUUCAGUAGCAGUGCUUUUAAGACCUAAUUCAUGAAUGCCAUAUGUGACAGUAAAGCUUUUCAUGCUAAAACAUAUGAUCUAGCAUACAGUAUAACAUGUGGAAGGUGCAGGAUCUGGUUAAAAAAAGAACAAAAUUAGCCUAUCGCUCAACAACCCUUUUAGCAACUGUAGCUGAUGCUCAAGCUUUCUUUUCAUUUAAAAUCCAAACAGUAGAUUAAACACUAACAUUUGUUUACAUUUUAGAAUUGAUGGUUCUCUAAAGUCAGAAAGUUGUAGAAUGAAGCACUUAUUAGCCAGGGUCCAUCGAUUCUGAUUACAUUAAUGACAACUGAUGCGAGCCGAUUUGGCUAAGGAUUUUUUGGAAAUGCUAUUUCUGGCUACGGCUAACUUGUUUUAGUACAAUAACCCCUGUAAAAAGGGGUUCUAAUAAUGUACUUGAAAGCUACACACCUCCUAAUGAUGCAUGUAUUGAAAUAAAAAAGCAGCAAUAUAAGAGAAAAUACCCUUAUGACUUUCCUAAAGUUAGCCUACAUUUAGCAUCCAAGACUAGCUUCCACCCAGUGAGCAGAUAGCAGAUUUGGCGGCUUAGGGGAUAUGCUAGUUAUAAACAUGACAUAACAUAAUUCUCCAAACUCCGUAAGCUGAUUAUUACUCUAACAACAACAGUUGCUAAGCCAUGGUUGAACAUUCACUGUUUGGGGUUUAGCAAAAAGCCAUUUAAAAGCUUAAUAUCGUCUGGUAACACUUAAGUGGAUAGCCUACUUGUUGCUGCAAAUUAUAUGAUACACAGACAAAAAGUUGUAUAACCACCAUAAAGGCUGACUCAUAGCAUCAUAUAUACAUCAGGGUAUCUCUGUCUAGCUGUGAGCACUAAGACAUUGUAUGGAAGCCACAUAAUGACUCUGGUGUAGUGUACAGUAUUAAUUGGCUCACCUCUUGUUAGAAUGACUACUGUAACAGAGCUGAGGGAAGUGAGCUGGAUCAUGAAACUUAACAAGACACUACUCUAUAGUCACCUAAAAGUGGAACAAUCCAGAGGUGUUUGAAUGUCGACUAAGGCACUUUUGAUUUUUGGACCGGAAAUAUCUAUAUAAAAAAUAACAAUAUGUACUUGAGUGUUUUCGUGUGAGGGUUAUCAAAUUGUGCAUGUUGUUGAGAAGGGUUUAUUUUACUUGCAAAUGUAUUUGUAUGUGUAUUUUUAUUGUUAUAUUUUGUUUUCAAUGUGUUUCAUGUUUAGUUUGGAAUUUUUAUUGAUAUUCAAUGGGAUUAGGGAUAUUCUAGCAGCUGAAUGUGCAGUGGAAGAUACUGGAAGUGUUACUGCUACAUCCCUUCUGUAGCAAUAGACUAUUUGAACAUAAUUGCAUUGCUAGGCAACAGCCUGGAUCCAUGACUACUACCUGUCAGAUGAAGUCUCCAAAUACCCUGCGACAGGAAAUUAACUGGGAUACAUUUAGAAUGUUAUGUUUACAACUGUAAAAUGUUUCAAAACCAUCUUGUUUCUGUUGUCCUUUACCAUUAUUUUAUAUAUUUGUUAUGGUAGAAAUGGACUAUACAAUCUGUAACUAUAGUACAUUCCAUAAUUAUUGCUUCACCUUCAGUAUUGUGUACACUCCACCAAAAUAACAAAACUUUUAAUGUUUUAUUUUUCAAUCAAAUUCCAAUUUGUCAUCAGUAAAAAACAUACAUUGUCUCUUCUGUAUAGUUACAUGAAAUUGACUAACAAAAAUAUAGAUAGUCAUGCUAAAAAUAUCCAAAAUAUAAGGACAAAUGUGUUACAUUACCAUUCCUAUCAACAUGUUAUAAUACACCUAAUUUUUGUUUAAAACACAUUCUGUUCUGUAAUAGCACCCACAACUAUCAUGUGACCCGCAAUGGUGACCUUUGCUAUCUAUCUAGCUACUCUGAAUGAAUAUGAACUCAGAUGAUGGACUAUACUUUGGAAAAAAAAGGUUUCGUGUGACCUGCUGCAGCAUUGGAAUUAUCUUGGCUGUAAAUGAUAUUUUCUGCUUUGCACAAACAAUGAUUAAAGUGAAAACAACUCAACUGACAAA